AGUUGCACACCAUUUUACGUAUAAGCAACUAUCUCUCCCUUUCAACUCUUUCAUCUUGAGUCCAUUUAUGUCUAUAUAUACCUGCAAAAUCUGUUUCAAGAACCAUCAAACCAAAAACUCAAGAAAACAUUUUGCAUAGCUCUCUCUCUCUCUCUCUUCAAUUAGUCCGUUAGUGUUACUAAAAUUAUAUACUCCGAUGGCCAAAGACAGCUCCAAGAAAUCAAUCCAAGACAAGACAUUUACAGGAUUUGGCAACCUCAUCAAGCUCCUUCCUACAGGAACAGUUUUCCUGUUCCAGUUCCUUAAUCCUGUCUUGACCAACUAUGGUCACUGCAGCACUAUCAACAAAUACCUUAGUGGGAUCCUCAUAGGGCUCUGUGGGUUUUCUUGUGCAUUCUCUUCUUUCACUGAUAGUUAUGUUGGCAGUGAUGGAAUUACUCACUAUGGGAUUGUAACUGUGAAGGGACUAUGGCCAUCUACAAAUUCUGGAUCAGUGGACUUGUCAAGAUAUAAGCUUCAAUUUAGUGACUUUGUUCAUGCUUUCUUUUCAGUCAUUGUGUUUGCUGUUUUGUGUCUUCUGGAUUCUAAUACAGUGGAUUGUUUUUACCAUUCUUUUGAGACCAAUCAGAAGACUCUGCUCAUGGUUUUGCCUCCAGCUAUUGGUGCAAUCUCAGGCAGUGUGUUUAUGCUCUUCCCUAACAAGCGCCAUGGAAUUGGGUACCCUUCAAGUUCAAGUGGCUCUUCACAGGAAUCCUAGUGUGUGUGCUGCUUAUAAAGUUUGAAAAGUUUGUUUUUCUUUUCUUUUCUUGAUCAUUAAACAGUGUUUGUAUGAACGUUUGCUUUGUUCCUAGUUGUCGGAUUGGUUCAAAAAGUAAAGGGAAGAUUUGGACAUCAUUCCCCUGAUUAAAAAUGUAAUAAGUUUGUAUUAGCCCAUGAUUUGUUAAUUAAGAGAUGAUGAUUGUUAAAAAAAAAAGAACCACUCAACCUCCAGAGAUUAAUUUUA